AUGAAACAUUCUAUUCUUGGUAUCCUUUUGGCUCUUAUUACAGGAGCUGUGUCAAAACCUCCCUUGCUUAAAAAGCCACCCACAGUUCAAGUCAAGAAUGGCACAUACAUAGGGACUCAUUCAAACUCAUAUAAUCAAGACUUCUUCCUCGGAAUCCCAUAUGCACAGCCCCCUGUCAGGAACCUUCGCUUUAACACUGCCCAAUCUCUUAACACGACAUGGACAGGCAAGAAACCCGCGAAUAGCUACUCCGCUGCCUGUAUUGGAUAUGGUACCGACAAUGGAGUUUAUAAAAAUACUUCCGAGGAUUGUCUGUAUCUCAACAUCGUUCGCCCGAGUGAGAGACGUCGGAAGCUUCUAGCCCUUGUUUGGAUCCAUGGAGGUGGCCUUGUCGAGGGCUCAGCUAUUGAUCAGCGCUAUAAUCUCUCAUUUAUCGUCCACCAGUCUGAAGCUAUCGGAAAGCCCAUCAUCGGCAUAUCUCUCAACUAUCGACUUGGCGCUCUAGGAUUCCUUAACUCGGACGAGGUUGCUAAGACAGGAAAUACCAACCUCGGGUUCAAGGAUCAACGUCUUGCGUUGCGCUGGGUUCAGGAGAAUAUCCCAGCAUUCGGUGGCGACCCGGAACAAGUCACGAUAUGGGGAGAAAGCGCUGGAGCCUUUUCCGUUGGCGCCCAUCUCACAGCGUUUGGAGGCAGAGACGAUAGGUUAUUCCGUGGAGCUAUUAUGGACAGUGGAAACCCUGUGUUCUAUCUACCCGUCUUUCCUGCUCAGUAUUUUCAACCGUCAUAUGAAGCGCUGCUAAGAAUGACCGGGUGCAACAAUUCUGCUGAUGGUCUACAAUGCUUACGGCAAGUUCCGAUUGCGGAGCUAAGCAAGGUAUUCCAUGCUGCACCAAGUCUCUGGUCAGGCUUUACUCCUUCCAAAGAUGGGGACUUCAUCCAAGGUUCGGGUUCUGAGCUUCUGUCAAAGGGAAAGUUCGUCCAUGUGACGAUUCUGAUUGGCACAAAUACUGACGAAGGGACGUACUUUGCAUCAAAAGACCCGACACCAAAGAACAUCAGCAGCGAUGCCGAAUUCAUAUCCAUCUCCCAACUCCAUUUAUACAGGAGGUACAGAGAGCUUACCCUGAUGUUCCAAGUGAAGGCAUUCCUGGAGUGCCGACAUUACCUACAAGCUAUCGCCCCGGAUAUCCUUAUGGUUCACAAUGGCGGCGACUCUGUCAUCAUCGCGAACAAACGCUGGACUAGUCAGAUUUGGUCUUCUGCGGCCCUAGAUGUGUACUCCUAUCGCUUCAAUAUCGUCCCAGCGUCAAUCCCGGGUGUCUUUGGCGCUUCACAUGUUCAAGAGAUUCCUUUCGCCUUUUACAACCAUAACGGAAUUGGGUAUAACGAAGAAAACAUGCCUCCUUGGAAUGGGACGAAGGAGGCUUUUGAGGACAAGGGAGCGGAUUAUGCAGAAGCGGCAAGACUCAUGAGCAGCUUUUGGGUGAGCUUCGUUCAUGACCAAGACCCAAACUCUUUUGGGAGGGGGGGCUGUGGUAUUGACAAUCGUUCUGUGCCGUUGUGGCCGACAUAUACCAAAGGCGGCAAAAACGGGAGGAAUUUUGUCUUCUCAUCGGCAUUUGAAUUUUACCUUGAGCCUGAUAAUUUCAGGUUCAACGCUAUUAACCUGUUAAUGUCUAGGAAUGAAAAGAGCUAUACGCAAGAGUAG